AAAUGAAAAAAAACAAAAACAGCUUAUCACUUCGCCGCUUAGGUUGAGAUGUCUAAAAUAUAGACUAAUUUGUCUUAUGAUAAUUGAUAAUUAUAUAUCCCGUGAUUACAUUCCGAAAAAAAUAUUUAUUCAAUAUGGAAUCUAAAGAUUAUGAAAACGUUUGCGAACUCUUAGACAAAUUAUACUUGGAUACCCUAUAUCUCAUGGAGGAAGAAAUAAAAGUUAAUAUUAAUAUGGAAAAGGCAAUGAUCGAAGGUGAAAAUAACCUUGCCAAAUGUAGAUACAUUAUGGGCCCAAAUUCGGUCUCUGCUAUGAACAUUCCUAUGAAUCCAGAGGAAACUAUUUCCCCUUCAAUGCUAGUAAAAGGUUCUCCUAAUGAUUUAUUUCCAGAGGUGAAUAGUUACCAGUUACAUUCUGUUGAAGAUUCAAAAGACAAUGUUUCCAAUCCAGUAAAAUGGUUUGGUUUCUUUACUCAGCAAAAUCUACUCAAUUCUCAAAAAUUCUAUAAACAUUCUUUACAGUGGGCUAUCCAAGCCGUUACUAUACAAAAUGAACUCAAAUAUUUGAUGAAAAAGUGUAGAGUAUUAAGGCUUGUUAAGGCUUCCUUAGCCGAAACAGAAAAAUAACUUCUAGGUAUACCUAACUUCUAUAUUAAGAAAAACUGGACAUUUUUACGUUUGUUGGUCUGAUAAUCUAGAUUAUUAUAUUUCAUCAUUGUUAAUGAACUUCUAUUUUCUAUAUAAUUUUUAUUGUGCCCAUAAUAUAUUCUUUGGUGUUUAAAGAUAUGUAGUAGUAUGUAUUUAAAAAAUUUUUUCAAUAAAAUAUAUAUAAGAA